AUGCAAAAAAAUAUUCCAGAAAAAGAUAAUCAAAAUGAAUUAAAAAGUGAUUUGAAAGAAAAUAAGAAUGAUACAAAAUCAAACGAAAUAAAUGAGGAUAACAUAUACAUUUUUGAUGAACCCGAUGACGAGUUGGAAGAAUUUGAGGAGAUGGGUAGUGUAGCUUUAAAUGUAGACACAGAUCUUGAAAAUUGGGAAGAAGAUUGGGGAGCAGCAGGAUGGGAUGAUGAUGAUGACGAUGAUGAUAAGUUUAUUUUGAAAGUUGAAUCAGAAUUGCAAAAAUUUAGAGCUAGCUUAGAUGCUGAAAAGGAUGUAAAAAAAUAA